UGCCGAUGCAUCCACGCUCACAUCCCCUUUAAUCGAUGAGACGUGACGGUUGCUAGCUAGGUGUCUCCUUCCCUCCUUCCCUCCUUCCCUCCUUCCCCAACCCUCCGUUCAUUCGCUCUUCUCUUCCUCCUCCGCGGGCAUCCUGCUGUCACAACGCCGCGGCACAGCGUCUCCAUCCCGGCUAACAAAGGAUCGGAUCGAUAGCAAGAUCUGCAGCAUCGUAUCGCCAGGACGACCAGCACGGCCAGCUGACGUGGCGUGGAGGAAGCAGGUCCGCCGCCACAGCGCGCCACAACGCGCCACAGCGCCCUCCGGCGUCCCGCUGCGUCACUGCUGGUGUGUGAUGUUGGCGGAACGUCGGAGGCCGGCUCGUCCCACUGAGGCCAGGUGUCGGGGGCCAAGGUCCACGUCCAGAUCCGUCUUAUCUGCCCCAGGCUUUAACACAUCAGCGCCGGCAAGGAGCGCAGCCAUUUUUAACCUGAAGAGAAAGCGAGGCCAACGCCAAAGUGCCGACCGUCCGCACCAGUUGCCAAUGGAGGGCAGGCUUGUUUUCCCGCUCUUGCUUCUUCUUCUCGCAGCCUUUCCCGGCGGCUUCGUGCGGGGCGACGACGAUGCAGCGGAGGAUCUGCGGGUAGAAACCCUGGCCAAGCCCGAAACUUGCUCGGUACUUUCCAGCGUGGGGGACACGUUGCAGAUCCACUACACGGGUAAACUGAUGGACGGCAAGGUGAUCGACUCCUCGCUGUCCCGGGAGCCUCUUGUGGUGGAGCUGGGGAAAAGGACGGUCAUUGCUGGUCUGGAGCAGAGCCUGAUCGGCGUGUGUGAAGGGCAGAAAAUUAAAGCCACUAUUCCGUCUCACCUUGCGUAUGGGAAAAAAGGUUACCCUCCUACCAUUCCAGGCGACGCGUCCCUGGAGUUUGAGGUGGAGGUGAUCUCAGUGACGCAGCAGACGCCUUGGCAGAAGAUGGUGAACGACGUGUUCCCCUUGCUGUGCUUGGCCCUGGUGCCCACCCUGCUGGGCCUGGUGGGCCUCUACCUCUACAACAAAGCCAAAGACCAGAAACCCAGCAGAAAGAAGGCAAAGGACAAGAAGAGCAAGAAGAAAUAAGGAAAAGAACUAUUUAAUAAAUUUUUAAAAA